AUGGGACAUUAUAGAGUUAUAGAAGUAUGCGACCUUGAACCAUUCAAAAAGAAGAAAAAACUUAAAUUGAGCAAAAUAAGUGGUGGAUCUUCAAUUCAUAUCUACAAUUCAACAUUAUUGGGAAACUCAUUGUCAGGAAACUCUCUAGGGAUUGAGAACGUUGCUGGAACUGUUAAUGUUGAGUCUGGGAGUGAAAGACAUAAAUUGGUAGGCGAAAAGAAGAUCACUGGAUCCUUAAAUGACUCUUCCAAUCACUUUCCUGAACAUACCGAUAGUAGUGAAAACAAGAAUGACAAGAGUGAAAGUGAAGCAAUUGUCUUCGAGUUGGAUGAAUUAAAAAAAGCGGAUAGAGUCUCAAUCAAGGAACGAGUGGAUCGUAAACACAAUUUAAUGUCAAGAAAGUUCAAAGAAUACCAAAUGCAAUUAAUAAAAAAUGUAGUAAAUGGUUCAAUAAUCGUGUUGAUUAGACCAUGUCCAUAUUCUACUUUUACCACAUACGAAUGGGAUCAAGUAGUCAAUACUAAUCCUUACGCUGUCAAAAAAUCGAUUUUGACUGGCCCCCUUUCGCCCUCAUUAUAUGAAGUUUGCAGUCAUAUUGCAAUGGGCUUAGAUUAUAAUUUCGUAUCAAAUGAUGAAAGUGAUUUGGAUAAUAAAGCUAGUAAUAAAGAUGAAGAAUAUGAUGAUGAUUAUGGUAGACAGUUAUGUUAA